AUGGCGCACAGUUAUGAUAUCGGGACAAAAGCAUGGCAGCCGGAUGCCACAGAAGGAUGGGUGGCCUCCGAGGUCACCUCGAAGUCUGCAGACGGGGACAAAAUUAUUCUCAUCUUUACCCUCACAAACGGGGAGACGAAAAGGGUCGAAACUACAGAAGAGGAACUUGCGGAAGCCAACAACUCGAAAUUGCCUCCCUUAAUGAACCCUGCCAUGCUGGAAGCAAGCGAUGAUCUUACGAAUCUCUCACAUCUGAACGAACCUGCCGUUCUGCAGGCAAUUCGGUUACGGUACUCUCAAAAAGAAAUAUACACCUACAGUGGUAUUGUCCUGAUAGCCACGAAUCCCUUUGCUCGAGUAGAUUCUUUAUACGUCCCGGGUAUGGUACAAGUCUAUGCGGGAAAGCAGAGAGCAACACAGGCGCCCCAUCUAUUUGCUAUAGCGGAAGAAGCUUUUGCUGAUAUGCUGCGGAGUGGUAAGAACCAGACAGUCGUUGUUUCAGGAGAAUCUGGAGCCGGAAAGACAGUCAGUGCCAAAUACAUUAUGAGAUAUUUUGCUACUAGAGAGUCGCCGGACCAACCAGGGUCAAGAAAACGAGGGCAGGAAGCCAUGAGUGAGACGGAAGAACAGAUUCUGGCCACCAAUCCUAUCAUGGAAGCGUUUGGUAACGCAAAGACUACGCGAAACGACAAUUCUUCCCGGUUCGGAAAAUACAUUGAGAUUAUGUUCGACGACCAGACGGCUAUCAUUGGUGCCAAGAUCCGGACCUAUCUGCUGGAACGAUCGAGAUUGGUUUUCCAGCCUCUGAAGGAGAGGAACUACCACGUUUUCUACCAACUUGUGGCAGGAGCAUCAGAAAAGGAACGCCAGGAACUACAGCUCUUGCCCAUUGAGGAAUUCAACUAUCUUAACCAGGGAAGCUCCCCAGUGAUCGACGGGGUCGACGAUAAGGCGGAAUUCGAGGCAUUGAAGAAAUCGCUAUUGACUAUUGGAGUUACCGACACGGAGCAGGGGGAAAUCUUCAAGUUGCUUGCAGCUCUCCUCCACUUGGGAAAUGUCCAAAUCACAGCUUCGAGAACGGACUCUGUCCUGCCAUCCACAGAGCCAUCUCUAAUCAAAGCUGCCGAAAUACUCGGCGUGGAUCCCGUGGAAUUUGCGAAAUGGACCGUCAAGAAGCAGUUGAUUACCAGAGGAGAGAAGAUUACUUCGAAUUUGACCCAGCAGCAAGCCAUCGUGGUCAGGGACUCAGUGGCAAAGUUCAUUUACUCCAGCCUUUUCGACUGGCUAGUUGAGAACAUCAACCGUGCUCUGGCUACUGACGAGGUUCUGGCCCGUGUGAAAUCUUUCAUUGGUGUCCUUGAUAUCUACGGCUUCGAGCAUUUCGCCAAGAACUCAUUCGAGCAGUUUUGCAUCAACUACGCCAACGAGAAGCUGCAGCAGGAAUUUAACGCCCAUGUUUUUAAGCUGGAACAGGAAGAAUACCUGAGGGAACAAAUCGAUUGGACGUUUAUUGACUUCUCGGACAAUCAGCCCUGUAUUGACCUCAUCGAAGGCAAGCUUGGGAUAUUGUCCUUGCUGGAUGAAGAGUCUAGGUUACCUAUGGGCUCGGACGAGCAAUUCGUCAACAAACUGCAUCACAAUUACGCUGCCGACAAGAACAGGUUCUACAAGAAGCCUCGUUUUGGAAAGUCCGCCUUCACCGUGUGCCAUUAUGCUGUUGAUGUCACCUACGAGUCUGAUGGUUUUAUCGAUAAGAACCGAGAUACCGUCCCUGAUGAGCACAUGGCUGUCAUGAAAGCUUCAUCUAACGACUUCCUUGGACAGGUUUUGGACGCGGCUUCAGCGGUUCGAGAGAAGGACAGUGCCUCAGCUACAUCGACUGCAGUCAAGCCAGUUGCUGGUCGUAGAGUUGGUGUGGCUGUAAAUCGGAAACCCACUUUGGGUGGAAUUUUCAAAUCUUCUCUGAUUGAACUUAUGCAUACCAUAAACGACACCGAUGUCCACUAUAUUCGAUGCCUGAAGCCUAAUGAGAGCAAAUCAUCCUGGGUGUUCGAAGGCCCCAUGGUUCUCAGUCAGCUGAGAGCUUGUGGUGUUCUUGAGACUGUUAGAAUCAGCUGCGCUGGAUAUCCCACAAGAUGGACGUACGAAGAAUUUGCUCUCCGGUACUACAUGCUUGUACCAUCGACAUCCUGGACAUCGGAGAUCCGAGACAUGGCGAACAAAAUUCUCACGAAAGCACUUGGCGCCAGCAGUGGUGGGGGGUUGGACAAGUAUCAGCUUGGUCUAACAAAGAUCUUUUUCCGUGCUGGUAUGUUGGCGUUCCUUGAGAACUUGCGAACGAACCGUCUAAACGACUGUGCCAUCAUGAUCCAGAAGAAUCUGAAGGCCAAGUACUACCGUCGCAAGUAUUUGGAAGCUCGAAAUUCUGUCUUACUUUUCCAGUCUGUGACAAGAGCCCACCUUGCCCGAAAGCAUGCAGAUGAGACUCGCAGGAUCAAGGCUGCCACAACGAUCCAGAGGGUCUGGCGUGGUCAGAAGCAGCGCAAGAGUUUCACGGCGAUUCGCAACAAUCUUAUUCUCGCACAAGCUGCAGCUAAGGGUUUUUUGCGAAGAAGAGAGAUAAUGGAGACUCGCGUGGGAAAUGCCGCUAUUUUAAUCCAACGAGUAUGGCGUUCAAGGCAGCAAAUGAAGAGCUGGAGACAAUACAGACGGAAAGUCGUUAUCAUCCAGAGCUUGUGGCGUGGUAGAAAAGCACGCCAGGGUUACAAAAAGGUCAGAGAGGAAGCACGCGAUCUAAAGCAAAUCUCCUACAAAUUGGAGAACAAAGUGGUUGAGCUCACACAGUCUCUUGGUUCCAUGAAAAGGGAGAACAAGACCUUGAUAAGUCAAGUUGAGAGUUACGAGAGCCAGAUCAAGUCGUGGAAGACGAGACACAAUGCUCUAGAGGCCCGUUCCAAGGAGCUUCAGAGCGAGGCCAACCAGGCUGGUAUCACUGCAGCCCGCCUGGCGGCGAUGGAGGAGGAGAUGAAGAAGCUGCAAUUGAACUUUGACGAGUCAGCUGCUAAUAUCAAACGCCUCCAGGAAGAGGAGAAAGAAUUGCGAGAGACUCUCCGAAUCUCGACUCUCGAGCUAGAAGAGACAAAGAGGAAGGGCGAGGUUCACGAGUCCGAAAAAGUCACUCUUCGACAACAACUUGCAGAGCUCCAAGACCAGCUUGAGCUCGCCAAGCGUAUCGUGCCGGCCAUGCCAACCAAUGGUGAAUCUAAUGGUGCUGCUACCCAGCAACCAUUGAACGGUCUGAUCAACUUAGUCUCCUCGAAGAAACCCAAGAGAAGGAGUGCAGGUGCCGAACCACGCGAGAUUGAUAGAUUCAGCGCCGCAUACAACCCCCGCCCUGUGUCAAUGGCGGUCACCGGAAGUAGUCUCCACCGACCAGCACUCCCUGGAUCUACAUUUAUUCCGGGUGUCGACAACGUCGAGUUUGAGCUCGAGAAUCUCCUUGCAGAUGAGGAUGGUCUUAAUGAUGAGGUCACCAUGGGCUUGAUCCGAAACCUCAAGAUUCCAGCUCCUGGCACUACUCCGCCUCCGACCGACAAGGAAGUUCUAUUUCCUUCGUACCUGAUCAACCUGGUCACUUCGGAGAUGUGGAACAAUGGAUUCGUCAAGGAGUCCGAAAGGUUUCUCGCCAACGUCAUGCAAUCGAUCCAACAAGAGGUUAUGCAGCACGAUGGCGAAGAAGCCAUCAACCCUGGUGCAUUCUGGCUGUCUAACGUUCAUGAGAUGCUAUCUUUUGUGUUUCUGGCAGAAGACUGGUAUGAAGCUCAGAAGACCGAUAACUACGAGUAUGAUCGUCUCCUGGAGAUUGUGAAGCACGACCUCGAAAGUCUCGAGUUCAACAUCUACCAUACCUGGAUGAAAGUUCUCAAGAAGAAGCUCCAGAAGAUGAUCAUCCCCGCUAUCAUUGAAUCUCAAUCGCUGCCUGGAUUCGUCACCAAUGAGAGCAACCGAUUCCUUGGCAAGCUUCUCCAAAGCAACUCAGCCCCAGCGUUCAGCAUGGACAACCUUCUGAGCUUGCUCAACAACGUUUUCAAAGCGAUGAAGGCAUACUACCUCGAGGAUUCGAUCAUCACUCAGACGAUCACUGAGCUGCUGAGAUUGGUCGGUGUCACCGCAUUCAACGAUCUUUUGAUGCGAAGAAAUUUCCUGUCGUGGAAGCGUGGGCUCCAAAUUAACUACAACAUCACCAGGAUUGAGGAAUGGUGCAAGAGCCAUGACAUGCCAGAGGGCACACUCCAGCUCGAGCAUCUUAUGCAAGCAACUAAGCUCCUUCAAUUAAAGAAGGCUACCUUGAAUGAUAUUGAAAUUAUCCAGGACAUCUGCUGGAUGCUCUCGCCCAACCAAAUUCAAAAGCUUCUGAACCAGUAUCUUGUAGCUGACUACGAACAGCCUAUUAACGGCGAGAUCAUGAAGGCAGUCGCUUCUCGUGUGACAGAAAAGAGCGAUGUCCUCCUCCUUGCUGCCGUCGAUAUGGAUGACAGCGGACCCUAUGAGAUUGCUGAGCCCCGCGUCAUAACAGCUCUGGAAACCUAUACUCCGUCUUGGCUGCAAACUCCGCGCCUCAAACGCCUUGCAGAGAUUGUCUCGGCGCAAGCCAUAGCGCAGCAAGAGAAACUAGAAUAUCCUCAAGAUGACGGCAACGAACUCACUGAUAGCGAGUUGAAUGGCUCUUAG